AUGGAGAAGUAUGAGAAAAUCAAAGUCGUGGGAAGAGGCGCUUUUGGGAUCGUCCACCUGUGUCGCAGGCGCAGUGAUGGAGCCUUUGUUAUCCUGAAAGAGAUUCCAGUGGAGCAAAUGUCCCGAGAUGAGCGCCUUUCUGCACAGAACGAGUGUCAAGUGCUAAAGCUGCUUAACCACCCGAAUAUCAUUGAGUAUUAUGAGAACUUUCUGGAAGAUAAAGCCCUUAUGAUCGCCAUGGAGUAUGCACCAGGUGGGACAUUGGCAGAUUACAUUCAGAAGCGCUGCAACUCUCUGCUGGAUGAGGACACUAUUCUGCAUUUCUUUGUGCAGAUUGUAUUGGCUCUUUACCAUGUGCACAACAAGCUCAUUUUGCAUAGGGAUCUUAAAACACAAAACAUACUCCUGGACAAGCAUCAAAUGAUUGUCAAAAUUGGAGACUUUGGUAUCUCCAAAAUCCUUGUCAGCAAGAGCAAGGCCUAUACGGUGGUUGGGACCCCAUGUUACAUCUCUCCAGAGUUAUGUGAAGGAAAACCAUACAACCAGAAGAGUGACAUCUGGGCCUUGGGCUGUGUGCUCUAUGAACUGGCCAGUCUGAAGAGAGCCUUUGAGGCAGCAAAUCUGCCUGCACUCGUCUUGAAGAUCAUGAGUGGCACUUUUGCACCCAUUUCAGAUCGAUACAGCCCAGAACUUCGACAGCUUAUACUCAACAUGUUAAAUCUGGACCCAUCCAAACGCCCACAACUCAAUGAAAUCAUGGCUCUACCUAUCUGUAUCCGGCCACUUCUUAAUCUGUAUACAGAUAUAGGCAAUGUCAAAAUGCGCAGGAUUGAGAAGCCCUUAUCUACCGUACAGACCGGUGCACAAGGAAGACCAGGAGGCAGAGUGACCUCCAACAGGUCAAGAGAUGGAGUGACUGGGAUUGGCACAGGUAAAGUGCACUCCCUCCCGUUAUCCUCAGUGUACACUUGGGGCAGUGGCAUCUCUAUGCCUCUAAGACUACCAAUGCUCAACACUGAAGUGUUGCAAGUGUCUCUGGGACGCACUCAGAAGAUGGGAGUCACUAAAUCAGGUCGUUUAAUUACAUGGGAGGCUCCCUCCGUGACCUCCGGUGACAGUCUACCUGGGGCAGUGGAGCAGAUGCAGCCUCAUUUCAUCUCCCGUUUCCUGGAGGGUCAGUCUGGAGUUUCUAUCAAGUCCGUGGCCUGCGGCGAUCUCUUUACCACUUGUAUGACAGACAGGGGCAUCAUCAUGACCUUUGGCAGUGGAAGUAAUGGUUGUCUAGGACAUGGUAACUACAAUGAUGUAACACAGCCUAAGAUUGUAGAAGCUCUCCUUGGCUAUGAACUGGUUCAGAUGUCAUGUGGUGCCUCCCAUGUGCUUGCUGUGACAAAUGAAAGAGAAGUAUUUGCCUGGGGUCGAGGAGACAAUGGCCGCCUCGGCUUAGGCACUCAGGAUACCCAUAAUUCUCCCCAGCAGGUGUGCUUACCGGUGGACUUUGAGGCCCAGAAGGUGGUGUGUGGCGUAGACUGCUCUAUGAUUAUCAGCACUCAGUACAGCAUAGUAGCAUGUGGAAGCAACAGAUUUAACAAACUCGGACUGGAUAUGAUUAUGGGAGGAGAGGAACCAGAGUCCUCCAGUCAAGUGGAAGAAGUUCAUUCCUACGCGCCGGUUCAAUCAGCACCUCUUGACAGGGAGAAAAUAAUUUACAUUGAUAUUGGGACGGCCCAUUCUGUUGCAGUCACAGAGAAUGGCCAGUGUUAUACAUUUGGCAGUAACCAGCAUGGUCAGAUGGGCUGUAGCUCGCGCCGCAGUUGCCGUGUGCCGUACCUUGUGCCAAAUCUGCAGGGCAUCUCUAUGGCGGCGUGUGGAGAUGCUUUCACUUUAGCUAUUGGAUUAGACGGUGAAGUGUACACCUGGGGUAAAGGGGCCCGUGGACGCCUGGGAAGGAAAGAGGAGGAUUCUGGGAAACCGAAAGCCGUGCAGCUCGAAGAGGCUCACCCCUUCACAAAGCACUUCUCCAGCGACAGAAGGACAGAGGAGCACAGCGUCAAAUACAGCCGCACAGAGCGAGUGGCCAUCAUCCGUGCGCACAGAGCGGCGCGGAGCCUCAUCCACCGCAGAGGACGUGAGAUGAAACCCUCCAUGCAACCCUCCUCGGCUUGA